AUGGUUCUCCCUCUGCGGACAACGCCCAACGAGGUUGAAGACUUAACAGAUCGCAUCGAAACCGAAACCGACAACUAUAUCACCGACUUCGCCGCGAGAGAAGUACUAAUUACAGAAUGGGAUCAACUCAGGCGGUCCAGGAUACCCGCUCGCUACUUCACGCCUACCGCGACUGCAAUCUUGAUGAUUGCGCCCCUGGAUAUACUCCAAGACUUGCUUCAGUCCUAUGUUCCAGGAGACCGCAUAGUCAUCUUUCACAGCAUUCAUGAAGAUAAUCCAACGCCUUGCAUCCUUAUGGGAAGAUCAAGAUUUUUGGGUACUUCGCGCCUUUUCCCGCGUAUGGGCAACGACCAGCAGGAAAUCCAUCAUAUCCAAUCGAUCCUGGAGGUGUUUUGGGGAGAAAAAGCUCCCUCAUGGAUAGCCACAUUCACCAAUCCCGACUUCGUGGAGUCUCCGCAGAACCACAUCUCACUAAACUUCGCAUCGCAAUCCUCAUUUGAUGAUGCACGCCUUGCCUUUAAACCUAUUCGAAGUGCCGACCCUAACGAAAGGCGACUUCAGCUUCACUGGCUGAAGCCCUCGGCAUUCAGGAUCUUCAAUUCCUAUUUUUAUGACAACCCCCUUCAGCACGCUGGCCUGGACGCUGAAAAUACCAAGACAUGGGGUGACAGGUGA